AUGGCUCAACGAACCUCGAUACUGCGGUUCAUCUGCAGUUUACUCCUUUUGGCCACGUUUGGCAACGCCCUUAAAUUCGAGCUCGAAGCCAGGAGAGCCAACGACGUUCGGGAGCGAUGCAUACGGAAUUUUGUUGGGAGGGAUACUCUGAUUGUCGUCACGGCGAUUGUGAGCGGAAACAAGGGCGAUGGACAGCAGGUGAACAUGCACAUCCGCGACUUGCUCGGAAACGAUUACGGAAAGCCCAAGGACGUUGCCGGAGAGAAGCGAAUCGUUUUCACCUCGCUUGCCGAUGCCGCUUUCGACAUUUGCUUCGAGAACAUUCAGACCGGCAAGGGCGGACACCACCUCUCCCGUGAUGUUGAGCUCGACGUAGACAUUGGCGCCGACGCUAAGGACUGGGCCGCCAUUCAGGCCACCGAGAAGCUCAAGCCCGUCGAGACCGAGCUCCGCCGAAUCGAGGAGCUUGUUGGAGAGAUCGUCAAGGAGAUGGAGUACCUCCGUAACCGUGAGCAGAAGCUCCGCGAUACCAACGAGAGCACCAACAACCGCGUCAAGACUUUCGGCCUUGGAACUACUGGACUGUUGAUUGCCCUUUGGGCCUGGCAGAUUAUUUACCUCCGUGCCUACUUCAGGUCUAAGCAUCUCAUCUAA